CUCGCGUCGCAGGCAGUGGAAGGCCGUGCGCACGGGCGGUCCGUGAGCCUCCGGCAGGCGGACGCCAACGCCUCCGCCAGCGUCAGCGCCAACGCCACGACCAACUCCAGCUCCUCGCCCGCCAUCGACAUUUCCUCUGCCGUCGCCGACAACUGGGCUGCCCUUUCAAAUGCCACCAAUUUAAGCAUCAAGAAUUCUCAGGAUUCCUGGAAUGCAUUUGUUCAAAACCCGACCAACCUGAGCAGCAUCGCAUCAGCUCAGCUCAAAACGGCUGUGGAUAUCAACAAGGAACUGUUCGACCGUUGGAACGCAAACACGGCGAAGUUCUUUAAGGGCGUUUACUCCGAAGCAUCAGAGCAUUAA